AUGGAUUAUUCCUACGACGAGGAUCUGGACGAGCUGUGCCCCGUUUGCGGGGACAAAGUGUCGGGCUACCACUACGGGCUUCUGACCUGCGAAAGUUGCAAGGGCUUCUUCAAGAGGACGGUGCAGAAUAAUAAACACUACACGUGUACCGAGAGCCAGAACUGCAAGAUCGACAAGACGCAGCGGAAAAGGUGCCCGUACUGCCGUUUUCAGAAGUGCCUGGCCGUCGGGAUGCGGCUGGAAGCCGUGCGCGCCGACCGUAUGCGCGGGGGCAGGAAUAAAUUCGGCCCGAUGUACAAGCGAGACCGGGCGCUGAAGCAGCAGAAGAAGGCGCUGUUCCGGGCCAACGGCUUCAAGCUGGAGACCGUCCCGCCGCCGGGUGGCCCUCCUCCUCCUCCUCCUCCGCCGCCGCCGCCCCCCAUCGUCUCCCCGGUGCAGGCGGCGGACUACGGGGGGCUGCCCCCUUCCUUGCACGGCCUGGCUCACCACCAGCACCCGGGCGGCCUUGGCAAGGCUCUGCCGCCCCCCAGCGCCGCUGCCAUGACGCCCAUCGACUACGAGCGCAGCCCCUACGGGACCCCCGGCCUAGCAGCCCCCGGCCCGGUGGGUCCCGGGCCCCUCUCGGGCUACCACUACCCGCCUUUCGCCAGCCGGGCCAUCAAGUCGGAAUUCCCGGAGCCUUACGCCGCCCACCCGUACGAGGCAGCCCCGGCGUACCCUUUCCCGGAGCCUUACCCGGGCGUCCUCGGGGGCGGCGGGUCCCCGGCGGCGGGGCUGGACGUGCCCGAGGUGAUCCUGAAGCUGCUGCAGUUGGAGCCCGAGGAGCCGCAGCUGAAGACCCGCAUCCUGAACUGCCUCCAGCAGGAGCAGCAGCAGAGCAAGAGCCGGCAGGAGAAGCUGACCACCUUCGGGCUCCUUUGCAAGAUGGCAGACCAGACCCUCUUCGCCAUAGUGGAGUGGGCGCGCAGUUGCAUCUUCUUCAAGGAACUGGAGGUUGGAGACCAGAUGAAACUUCUGCAGAACUGCUGGAGCGAGCUGCUGGUGUUCGACCACAUUUUCCGCCAAGUCCAGUAUGGGAAAGAGCACAGCUUGGUGUUGGUGACAGGCCAGGAGGUGGACAUGUCAACCAUUGCCACGCAGGCGGGGUCUAUCGUGAACAACUUGGUGCUGAGAGCUCAGGAACUGGUGCUGAACCUGCAUUCUCUCCAAAUAGACCGGCAGGAGUUCGUCUGCUUGAAAUUUCUGAUUCUCUUUAGCCUCGAUGUGAAGUACAUGGAGAAUUCCAGCUUGGUGAAGGAAGUCCAGGAUAAAGCCAACACAGCUCUGAUGGAAUACACCCUCUGCCAUUAUCCGCACACCAUGGACAAAUUCCGCCACCUGCUGAUGCAGCUGGAGGAUAUCCGGGCCCUCAGCAUGCAGGCCGAAGAAUACCUGUACCAUAAGCACCUGGGUGGGGAGGUGCCCUGCAACAACCUGCUCAUUGAAAUGCUCCACGCUAAGCGGACUUGA